GCAGCAUCAAUCAGCAGCAUCAAUUAGCAGCAUCAAUCAGCAGCACUACCUCAGAUAACCCAAUAUCAAUUGAACCAUCACCUCUAUCAACGGCCACCACAAACAUCCAUCAUGCCUCUCACCCCCCUGAACAGCAUCUACCGGCCCUUCAAGGCCAGAUCCUUCGGCAAGAUCAACCAAGACAAAUACGUCAAGACCACAGACGACUCCUCAUCCGUCCUCAGUGACGCGACCACAGUAGCUCCUCAAGAAAAGCCCCGGCCUGAAAAGGCCUCUGCUAAGCAGACUCCGGACAGCAUUGACUACGGAUCCACUCGAUACGCUAUGCGAGGAAUGUCCACGCGCGCAUAGUGCUGCUUUGAUACUAUUUACGACGGAAUGAUUACUUUGAGAUACAAUGGCGGUGCGAGGAUAUACAUGGGGUGCUGGGAUUAAUGCUUAAUAUUGAUGUACUAUAGCAGGCUUUUCGAUUAAUGUGAUGCGUUAUUACCAAAAC